CUGUAUUUGUGUUCAGGUGGCCUUGGACAACUUGGUGUGGAGUGUGCGAAAUAUUUACGAGGAAAAUAUGGAAGGGAAAAUGUUAUUCUAUCUGAUAUUAUUAAACCAACGACCGAAGUGUUCAAUGAUGGACCGUAUAUCUUCGCAGAUAUUCUAGAUUUUAAAGGUCUCCAGAAAAUUGUUGUUGACCAUAGAGUGGACUGGUUGAUACAUUUUUCCGCUCUGCUUAGUGCUAUUGGCGAACAAAACGUACCAUUAGCUGUAAGAGUUAAUAUAGAAGGAAUGCACAAUGUUAUAGAAUUAGCAAAACAAUAUCGUCUCAGAAUUUUCGUGCCAAGUACGAUCGGAGCUUUCGGACCAGACUCGCCGAGAAAUCCCACACCUAAUAUAACUGUGCAGAGACCACGAACAAUUUAUGGUGUUUCUAAAGUGCAUGCGGAAUUACUUGGUGAAUAUUAUUACUAUAAGUUUGGACUGGAUUUCCGUUGUCUGAGAUUCCCUGGAGUUAUUUCCAGCGACCCUCCCGGUGGCGGUACAACAGACUACGCAAUCGCGAUAUUCCAUGAUGUUCUUCGGAAGGGUCGCUAUGAGUGUUACCUAAGGCCUGACACGCGUCUACCAAUGAUGCAUGUUAAGGAUGCAUUACGAGCUCUGUCGAACUUUCUGGAAGCCCCCAACGAUAUGUUACAAAGACGAGUAUACAACGUUACCUCAAUGAGCUUCACGCCUGAAGAAUUGGCAGAUCAUAUGUUCAAAUACAUACCUGAUUUUAGUAUUUCGUACAAACCUGACAGUCGGCAGGAUAUCGCCGACUCCUGGCCUCAAGUUUUCGAUGACAGCGAAGCCAGACGAGACUGGAACUGGAAGCCGGAAGUCGACAUGGACAAUUUAGUUAAAUUAAUGUUGAAAGAAGUUAAGGAAAAGAUAAACGAUUACGACUAUUAA